AUGAAAUACCGAGGUCCAACACUGGGACUUUUCAGGCAAAGUCAAGCAAUCAAGAACAGGUUUCCAUCCAGGGCCACAGGUACACCAAGACUCGAGGAGCAUAUGCUCAUUGUCUUUUGUAUGCUUCUAGUGCCUUCCGUCCAGGUCAAGCAUCAGGGAUCCGAUCAGAGUCCAUGGUUAUCAGUAUCCAUUCCAUCCAGGUCAAGCUUCAAGGUCCAGGUCAAGGUCCACGGUUUUCAGUAUCCAAUCCAUCCAGGUCAAGCAUCAAUGUUCCGAUCUCCCAGCUAUGUGUCAGCCAUCCAGGUCAAGUGUCAAGGACCCGAUUUCCCGGCAAUGGUCAUCGAUGUCAGGCGCCAAGGUUGCGAUCUUCCAGCCAAGUGUUCACUCAUCCAGGUCAAUCAACAGGAUUCUGAUCUCCCGUCCAUGGUUAUAGCCAUCCAUGUCAAGCGUCCAGGUUCCGAUCUCCCAACCAUGUUUACAGCCAUCCGUGUCAAGCGUCAAGGACCCGAUCGCCCGUCCAUGGUUAUAGCCAUCCGUGUCAAGCGUCAAGAACCCGAUCCCCCGUCCAUGGUUACAGUCAUCAAUGUGAAGCGGCAAGGACCCGAUCGACCGUCAAUGGUUAUAGUCUCCAGCCAUCCAGGACAAGCAUCAAGGUUCCGAUCUACCAGCUAUGGUUAUAGUACUAGUGUUCAGCCAUCCAGGUCAAGUGUCAAGGACCCGAUCGCCCGGCCAUGGUGUUCCGCCAAUCAUGUCAAGCGUCCAGGUUCCCAUCUCCCUGCCAUGGUUAUAGAUUGUUCAGUCAUCCAGGUCAAGCAUCUAGGUUCUGAUCGCCAAUCCAUGUCUCCAGCCAUCCAGGUCAAGCAUCAAGGUACUACUCGCCCGUCAAUGUGUUGGGCCAUCCAGGUCGAGCAUCAAGGUUCCGAUCUCCCAACUAUGUUUACAGCCAUCCAGGUCAAGUGUCAAGGUUCCGAUUUCCCGGCCAUGGUUAAAGGUUCUAAUCUCCCAGCCAAGGUUAUAGUCAUCCAGAACAAGCAUCACGGUUCUGAUAGCCCGUCUAUGGUUAUAGUCGUCCAGGUCAAGCAUCAAGGUUCUGAUCUCCCCGCCAUGUCUCCAGCUAUCCAGAUCAAGAAUCAAGAUUCCGAUCUCCCCGCCAUGUCUCCAGCCAUCCAAGUCGAGCGUCAAGGUGCCGAUCUCCCGUUUUAUGGUUAUAGUGUUGAAUCCACCAAGAUCAUGCUUCACGGAUCCGGAUUCAUGUCUACUCAUCCACGGCAAUUAUCAGGAUCCGAUUUUCAUGAAUUGUUAUAG